CAAUCAUGAUGUCUUCUUUGUCCCACGGAACCUCUGCCCUCCCUCUCUCUCCCGUUUUCAUGAACCUAUUUCUGAUCCUCAUCUUCCCCCCUUCUUUCUUCCUACAUUUACAUCAUCUGCCAUCCACGUCAAUUGCUUUUUCACUACCCAAAUGGCAAGUUUGUAAUUAAAGGAUAAUUUUUGGGCUAUCUACAAUAGGGAUGGAGGGAAGCAUGGGAGGUGGGGUGGGUGGUAUGGCAAAAGACGCAAAGAGAUUCAAAAAAUAUAUUCUUGAAAUCAAGAUUGAUACAGUAGACGGACAACAGCUAAAGCAGCCAGACAGCAAAUGAAGUAACAACAAAUCCAAACAGUCUAUCUUUUUAGUUUACCCCACUUCACUUUCCUCUUUUCAGACUAGGGUUUCUUAAAAACUCCUGAAAAUUCCCUUUCAAAGAAUCUCUUUCCCCAAAGAUCUUCCAUUUACUCCCAUACCCUCAUCAUUUUUGCCGUAGAAAAUGAAAUCUUCACGUGUUCAUAUGCUUAGCAAGUAAAAUAUUCAAGAAAUCAACAUGUUUCAGAGGUUAGGGACGAUCAGAGCUAGCUAGAGAGCGAUGCAGAUCGUUGUGUGUUUAGUUUGUUCUUUCGGGUUUGAAAGCAUCAGAAUCAAAAGCUCAGAAAAGGGUGUGAUUGCGAAGAAAAAGAAGAAGGGUUAAGCGAAAUACUUUUUAUUGAUCCUGUGAACGUAGUCCAUCACAACGAAAGGGUUUUAAGUUAUUAUUUUGACUUGUUCUAAGUGAAAAAAGCUUGCGAUUUUUGUUUAGUUGAAAUUAUCAAGUGCGAGUGAUGAUGUCGAUGUCCUGCAAGGAUGGUAAUGGAGCGAUGAUGGAUAACGGAAAAUAUGUUCGCUACACACCGGAGCAGGUUGAAGCACUCGAACGACUCUACCAUGAAUGUCCAAAACCGAGUUCUCUUCGUCGUCAGCAACUCAUUCGUGAAUGCCCGAUUCUCUCUAACAUCGAACCCAAACAAAUCAAAGUUUGGUUCCAGAAUCGAAGAUGUAGGGAAAAACAAAGGAAAGAAGCUUCACGCCUUCAAACUGUGAAUCGAAAGCUGUCUGCCAUGAACAAGCUUUUAAUGGAAGAGAAUGAUAGAUUGCAGAAACAAGUGUCACACCUUGUGUAUGAGAAUGGCUGCUUCCGUCAGCACACUCAAAAUACUACACUUGCUACUAAAGACACUAGUUGUGAAUCGGUUGUGACUAAUGGUCAACACCGAUUGACCCCCAAGCACCCACCACGGGAUGCUAGUCCUGCAGGACUUUUGUCCAUUGCAGAAGAAACUUUAACAGAGUUUCUUUCGAAGGCAACUGGAACCGCAAUUGAGUGGGUCCAGAUGCCCGGAAUGAAGCCUGGUCCGGAUUCCAUUGGAAUCGUUGCUAUUUCUCAUGGUUGCACUGGCGUGGCAGCACGAGCGUGUGGCUUGGUUGCUCUCGAGCCAUCAAGGGUUGUGGAAAUCCUCAAGGAUCGCCCCUCAUGGUAUCGUGAUUGCCGAGCUGUUGAUACUCUCAAUGUGCUACCAACCGCUAAUGGUGGAACCAUCGAGCUUUUAUACAUGCAGCUUUAUGCUCCUACAACUUUGGCUACGGCUCGUGACUUCUUGUUGUUGCGCUAUACUUCUGUUACAGAAGAUGGCAGUUUAGUGAUUUGUGAAAGAUCGCUAAAUAACACGCAAAAUGGUCCGAGCAUACCGUCAGUCCCAAAUUUUGUGCGAGCCGAAAUGCUGGCUAGCGGGUACCUCAUUAGACCAUGUGAAGGUGGUGGUUCCAUCAUUCACAUUGUUGAUCAUAUGAAUUUAGAGGCGUGGAGUGUACCCGAAGUCUUGCGUCCAUUAUACGAAUCUUCAACCGUGCUUGCUCAAAAAACAACAAUGAUGGCAUUACGCCAGCUAAGGCAAAUAUCUCUUGAAGUUUCACAAUCGGGUGCCUCUAACUGGGGCAGACGACCGGCAGCAUUAAGGGCACUUAGCCAGAGGUUAAGCAGAGGUUUCAAUGAAGCUCUAAACGGGUUUACAGAUGAAGGCUGGUCAUUAAUUGCUAAUGAUGGGGUCGAUGAUGUCACCAUUCAAGUCAAUUCUUCACCCGAAAAACUUAUGGGAUUAAAUCUACCUUUUGCAAACGGAUACCCACCCGUUACAAAUUCUGUCUUGUGUGCAAAGGCAUCAAUGCUUUUACAGAAUGUUCCACCAGCUCUUCUACUUAGGUUUUUGAGAGAGCACAGAUCGGAAUGGGCAGAUAACAAUUUUGAUGCUUACUCGGCUGCAUCAGUUAAACUCGGUCCGUGUAGUUUUGCUGGGUCCCGGGUUGGUAAUUUUGGGGGUCAGGUGAUUCUUCCACUUGCUCACACGAUUGAGCAUGAAGAGUUGUUGGAGGUUAUUAAGAUGGAGGGAAUUGGGCAUUGUCCUGAAGAUGCUUUAAUGCCGAGAGACAUGUUUCUCCUACAAUUAUGCAAUGGAAUGGAUGAGAAUGCAGUUGGCAUGAGUGCGGAACUCAUAUUUGCUCCAAUAGACGCUUCUUUUGCUGACGAUGCGCCUCUUUUACCCUCUGGUUUUCGUAUCAUUCCUCUCGAUCCAAUCAAGGACACUUCCACUCCCAAUCGUACCCUCGAUCUUGCUUCUGCUCUCGAAAUCAGAGGAUCCGGGCCUAAAAUUUCAAAUGAUCGUAACAUUGCUAGUGGCAAUUCAAGAUCCCUGAUGACAAUGGCGUUUGAAUUCGCAUUCGAAAGCCACAUGCAAGAAAACGUGGCGGCAAUUGCGCGCCAAUAUGUUCGCGGCAUUAUAUCAUCGGUUCAAAGGGUCGCGUCAGCCCUAUCUCCUAAUAUGGGCCCCAAUGUUGGGCUUCAGUUUGGCGCCCCUGAAGCACAUGUUCUAGCUCGAUGGAUUUGCCGUAGCUACAGUUGCUAUUUGGGUGUGGAGCUUCUUAAGUGUGUAGGUGAAGGAAGCGAAUACAUCCUGAAAUCACUCUGGAACCACCCGGAUGCCAUCAUGUGCUGCUCUCUUAAGGCAAUGCCUGUAUUCACAUUUGCAAACCAAGCGGGAUUCGAUAUGCUCGAGACAACACUAGUUGCACUUCAAGACAUCAGUUUGGAAAAAGUUCUUGAUGAGCAUGGGCGAAAAGGUCUUUUUGCGGAGUUUGCACAGAUAAUGCAACAGGGGUUUGCGUGUCUUCAAGGGGGCGUGUGUUCAUCAAGCAUGGGGAGACCGGUUUCUUAUGAGAGAGCGGUGGCAUGGAAAGUGUUGAAUGAAGAAGAAAGCGCUCACUGCAUUUGCUUUAAGUUCAUUAAUUGGUCGUUUAUUUAACGUUGUAGGUGUUUUGGUUAAAAACUCUUGACAGUUUGUCAGACUGGUGGAUUAUUGUCUUUUGAAAUGUUUUGAAGGUAACUAGUGCUUAUGUAUCACAUUGUAC